UCACGAUGCCAUUUGAUUGUUUGCUGACCGCGUAGACAUGUCCCGCUCCCGUCUGCAUGCAUGCAUGCAUGCUUGCUGCACAGGAUCCGCUACACUGCGCUGUGCUGCGCAAAAUGCCCACCGAAAAGGCGAGCGCGGGGUGGGUGGGUUUCAUCUCCAGGCUCGUCCGCCAGAGCUGGCUUGCUCAGAUGUGAAUGCGAAUCAAGAAUGGAGCUGUUUGACGUUUUUACCGAUCCCUGAACCGCAGGCUGGCUGGCUGGCUGAACGAAUGACCGUCCCGCGGGCAGCAGGGCAAAACCUCGUCGAAAGUUGAGGGCCGCGAGUGCGGCGGACACCUCAUCGGUCUCCGAGUCUGACAGUCUGAGUCGUG